GGCGGUUAGGUGGGGAAAACUAGAAACGGCUAUUUUCGAGCAUUUUCGAUAUUUCGAUUAACUUAAUACUUAUAUUUGAGACAGUUGAGACGGCACUCGAGACUUGUUCAAAACAUUGCUCGUGAAAAAAUUUGAACACAGAUACGCGAAAACAUUGGAUAUUCUAGUUAUACUUGUUACGAACAUAUCAAUCAUCGAUAGGAAAAUUCACUGUGUUCAUUCGAGUUAUUCGCAAAAUCGCAAGUAUUCGAAUCUCGAUAUCUGCAUUUGAGAGAGUUGCUAGGAAACCUCGCAACUCUCGCAAGUUCAUUCGUUUAUUGUAGUGUGCAAAAUGACGUCUGACUCGUGGUUGAAGAUUAUUCAGAAUGCUAGGAAAACUGCUGUGAUUGAGGAUGGACAUAGGAAGGUUCAUUUUUUACUGGAAGAUGGAAAGGAAAUGGUAGAAGAAUAUAAUACAGAUACAAAUGUAGUAGUACGACGAGCGUGGAAAGAGAAAAAUGGUUUUGGUAUGAACGUUGGAUGGGCAGUAGAAGUUGGAGAGCCUGAACGUAAACAGAAAGAUAUAGAAAUAUAUGGAAUAGAAGAGAGUUCAAAUGCUCCAAUUAUUACAAGAAGAAUUACAAAAACGUCCCUGGAAUGGAGAAUCAGGAAUUUGCCAUAUCCUGAAAAUGUAUAUUCUGUCACUGCGGAACAGGAUGGCACGAUGACUGUACGUACCAGCAACAAAAAAUAUUUCAAAAAUAUAAAGAUCCCGGAUCUCGAGAGGAUCGGAUUAAAGUCGGAACAACAAAGGAUAUCAUUUCGCCAUCAGUACAAUACCUUAAUUAUAACGUAUAAGAAGCCUCCUCAACUUAUCGACGUGGAGAAAAAAGUACUAGCUGCAGUUUUACAACUGAAGACGGACUCUAAGGAUGUGCAAUGCCCAACCAGUUAAUGAAAUAAAUUAUUGUAUUAUUAAAUUUCUUGAUCUUAAUCAAAUAU